UAGAAAAGAGGAAGAGAAAUGGAGCUGAAAGAAGCUUAAAGUCUUACGCAAAAAACCCUUCAGUUGCUUCAAGUCAUUGGCUUCCUGCAGCAGAACAAUACCAUUCAUGCUGACUUAAAGCCUGAAAAUAUACUUCUUAAUGACGUGCAUGAUGCAAGUUCACUUCGGGUCAUAGAUUUUGGUAAUGCCAUCAAUCAUGUCCAUCGAGAGAUGUCUCUAUAUUAUCGAGAUUUUCAAGUCCAGACUCUUUUGUAUCGUGCACCUGAGGUGGUUUUUGGCAUGCCAUUUGGUGCAGAGAUUGACAUGUGGUCAGUGGGCUGCAUCCUUGCUGAGAUCUACCUUGGCAAGCCACUUAUUUUUGGCACAGAUCGCAUCACUUUAGUGCAAUCGAUGGUUGAUGUUCUGGGACCUCUUCCCCAUCGGCUGUUUCAAAGAGGCAAAUAUUUUGAGCAUCUGGAAAGCUUUGCUACAAAAGAUAGCAGCCAGUCAGAUGUAACAUCAAGACUCAUGGCAAGAUUUCAACAAAGGACUCAGCUUGACUUCACCUUCGCAAAUCUGCUGUCUGGAUUGCUAUGUUAUGACCCAGACAAGCGAUUGACACCUGCUCAGGCAGCUCAGCAUCCUUUCUUGGCACCGGAGGUGUGCCUUUCCUACCUUAGAUCAGAUUCAGGGAGUCAACAUGAAACAAUUUCAACAGUGUUCCUUUCCCAAGAAAAUUACAAGAAUCGACCACAGAUUGCUGUAGAAAUUUGUCGUCAAGGUCCAUCAUCUACAGACCUUUUACGGAUGGGAACCAACAAAGACUGCAAAAACAGUCCAAAGCAUGUUUCAUCUCUGGUGCCACCUUCAGAGAGCCACAGGUGUGCUGCUUCUCACCUGCAUGAGUCUUCGUGCCAGUUACAGACCAAGAGCCAGCACUCUUCUUCUGGAGAGCACAGAGACAUGUGCCUGAACAUUGCCUCAGUCUCAAUGUGUGCUCGCCUGUCCAUGUCUGAUCGGGAGAGCCAAACUUGCGAAGCCACUCCACAAGACCUGCAUGAAUCUCGGACAACUUGCACACACCUUCAGGAUAGAGGGAGCCCGGGUGAGGUUUCAAGAACCAGCCAAGCCAGGGAAUCUGCUGUUGUGCUGUGUCAGAGUCCAGACACAACAUGUGUCAUGGAGACAAGCCAGGUUGUGACACAUAAUGAUGAUCAGCAACACUUACGGUGCUGUGUACUUUAUAACAAAUCACCAGAAACUGAUGUUGAGGGAUUUCAUUGUGCGCAACAAUGCUCACAGAACAAUAUUUGUAGGACAGUUGAACCUCAAGUCUCCACUUCUAGCAAAAGGGUGCAUGGGAAACUUCAAAAGAUACAUAUCACUUCCCUGAAUAAGUCUUUGGCUGUCAGCAGACAUGAAGCAACACAAGCCCGUGCAUUGGCUGCAGACAGCUCAGCAAAAGGAUUUUUACUGCACAAACCUGCCCCUACCUCUCGCUACUCCACUGAGAGACAGUGGAAGGAAUGUGGAUCUAGUAAAGGCUUAGCUAAAAACUCACCUUGUCCACAAGACCUUGGCUAUAAGGAAGGUUUAGUAAUGUCUCAAGAACACAAAGACCAUUCCUGUAAAUCAACAUGUUCGUGUGAGGAUACAGAAAAUCCUGUCCAUUCCCGGUCUUUGAAUGAAACUUUCACCAUCAAGGAAUUCAGCGUAGAUGAAGAUGAUGUCUUGGGAGUAGUCAUGAAUUUUCCAGAAAUAUCAGCUUCACUGGUGCAGGUGGGUUCACCUAACAGAUCUUCCCCCAGCAAAACAGAAGCGUGGUGUCAAUCUGAAGCAGCAGAAGAUUAUCCAGGGCAGAGAAAUACUCGCAUCUUGGGCUUUUCUAAGACCUCUCCUGUUGAACUUUUGUCCAGAACGGAAAGCAGGUGUGGUAAAUCAGAGUUUCCAUCUUCAGUGUCUUGCAACAUUCAUGAUGUAAGUUUGGUCCAGAGUGAUUCUGUAGGUCACUGCAAAGCACCUUUGACACUAGAUGCAGAAGUGGGCCUGAAGUAUGACAAGAAAACAGCAAAGAAUGAUGAUGCUCAAGUCAAAGAUAUACAGUUACACAGCUUGUCUUCAUCAACUGUGAACAGUUUUAACUCUAAAAACCUAGAUAUGUCUUGUGCAGAUGUAACAUUUGAUAGUGACUGUAGCAAUGAUUCCAGCCAUGAAAGGUUUCGCAACUUUAUUGACACAGUUUCUCAGGAUACACCUCUUGCCCAGCCGUACCGUGUGUGGGACCAAACCAACAGGCAACACAGAAUGCAAGCAGACAGUGUUUCACACACUCAAGUCAACAUCAUUCCACAGUCUUCACUAAAAUCAAAAGCUGGAUGGACUGCACUGUUUCCUGAUGGCCGACCAGAUGACCUGAAUGUGAGCAGCUUUGUCCAACCAUCACAUUGUUUGAAGUCAAAUUCUGCAAAGAAUGUCAGAUCAGAAACCAGCAAAUGCUCAUGGAAACUCAACAAAAAUGCACAAAAUGUGUUGGCUAGUGUAGGACAGAAAGUUUUUAGUAUUUCUGGUUCUUUAGCUGGAGAUGAGGGUCAUGAUCAAGAUGCUAGAGGAGGUGGCCAUCAUAGGACUGCUGUAGUUACCAUUGGCAAUAUGAUUCUGUCUGAUUCUUCAUCAAAGUUAAAGGCACCGAGGCGUAGAAAUCUGUUUGGCAUAUGUAAAAAAACAAAGGGGAGUAAGAGGAUACAGGUGGAUGCUUUUGCAAAGAAAAAUGGCACAACUACUUGUGGAAUAACACCUUCACAUCAAGAUGGCGUGACAAGUGAUGGAACAUUGUUGCUGCCCCAGGAUCCAUACUUGCGAAGAACAAAGAGAAGAACAAAGAGCAGAGUGUGUCAGGACCUGUCAUCUUGCAGGAUCAUCAUUCCUGAGAAAAACAAGAGGAGAAAUUCUGCAAGGAACAAAAGCAAGGAGGUAUUGAACCCAUUGCUCAAACAAGCAGUGAGGCAAUUUCUUCCAAAGAUUAGAUCCCCACAAGGGAUGCUUGCAAAAGGGAAGGGGCAUGAGUCGCUUUCACCAGGUCAGUUCAGAGAGAAAGAGUUUUUGCCAAGGAGCAGUAAAGUGACAGAAUAUACUCAACCACAAGACAAGCUGACUAGCUGCGACAACAUUCAAAUCUCUAGCAUGUUGCCAUGCAACAGAAAGAAAAAGUGCAAAUAUGAUGUAAGCAUGUUAAGCAACUGGCCUUGUGGUAGCAUAGUCCCUAACUUUUCAGUGAGUAAAACAGAGAUCACAGGACCUAUCUUCUCAGAAGGUGAAACAGAAAGACAUAUCUCAGGAUGUAACUUUUCAGUGGGUAAAGCAGAAACAGACAUCUCACAAUCUGUUUACUCCAGCAGUGUCCAAGUCAAUCCAGAUCUUGGAUUCAGUAAUAACAGCAAUUUAGGUGAAGACAAAUUGAAGAAAGUGGUUCCAAAUGACAGCUUACCUGGUCUUAAGCUUGGUGCCAGCCAUUUGAAGUCAUCACUAGUAGGAAAAAAAAGAGAUAUGGGGAGAAUAUCACUUGCCACACCUGCACUUCACACUCUACACAGAGAUCCACAGGUACAGAGAGCAUCAAAGGAGGAAGAAAAUCAGCAUUUGAUGUUUCCAGAUUAUGCUGUUGAUAAGAUGUGUAACGUCAGACAGAGGCACACAGAUAAACCAAGAAGCACUUUGGAGAUGCCCGAUGACGGGGAUGAUGAUGUAAUUAUGCUGAUACAGUGAUGAAGACAGCAUCCCUUUCAAGCUGCUUCUUACUUCCAGCCCACUUAAAAAAGUUGCUAAACAAAAGUACAUCAAGGAAUUAAAACCAUCUGUUUUUAAUAUGCUUGAAUUUAUUUUGUGAUUAUAUUAACCAUAAAAUUUCUUGUUUGAUUAAAAGCCUUUUAGCAAAUGAAAGUGAGACAUCUUAAUUUAGCUUGCUAUUCUUCCAUCAGUGUUGCAACUAACAUGCAUGACAUCGGAAAAUGUCUGUCUAGUUGAUGCCGACAAUACAUGACAGACAUGUAACAUUGAUGUACCACUUGAUGAACCUUGGUUUAUGAUUGGAUGUUGAAAAAUUAUGCAACAUGCAAGGUCAUCUGCAAGGGUUUUUAUUUGUAGCUAACCCAGUCUUAUGCCAGAGUAUUACAGAUACAGUGGAACCUCGGUUAGCGAACGCCUUAGAUAGCAAAUAUUUCGGAUAACGAACAAAAAUUUGUUAAAAAUUUGUCUCGGAUAACGAACAGCCACGUGAACCACACGUGGCCGACCAGCAUGUCCUCAUUCACGCUAGCGACACAGUUAUGCUCCUUAUCUGGAGGCAUCCUUCCAAUUAAGUGAUUUUUUUGUGCUUUAUUUUAAUAAAAUAAUCCUCAAUCAUGGCUCCAAAGAAGAUUAAGAGCAAUAGUAGUGAGGUAAUGAUAGUGCAAUAGGUAAUAGGAGCCUAAACAUGUUCAAUGAUAAU